AAUUGGAUGCAAUCUGGUAGUGAUAGUGGUAGUAUUGUUCUUGUUCCUCAGCUCAGGAUCUUUCUCAGAUUUCCAGAUGUUGGUCCAGUCAUCACUGUCCCAUUGAAUCCUCCAAAUUUAGGAGAAACCCAGUUGAGUGAGGAAGCUAAUAGCAGAGCAGAGAAGGGAAAACAAGGAAGAGAGACAGAAAAUGGGUGGGUAUGCGCUGGGUUCGGCGUUCAAUUGGAGAUCAGGGCAGAUGAUAAUGGUGGCUCUGCUGUUAAUGGUUGGGGCCUUCUACGCUGGAACCCUCCUCGGCAAUAAUGCCCCUAUUUACGCCUCCCAGCUCUCCUCUAAUUCGUCUUCUUCUUCAUUCACUGGUAUUUCUAUGUUUACAAACAAAGUUGCUCUUACUUACAGAAAAACAACACUUUUGAUCCCUGAAACUGGGAUGAAUGUUUGCCCAUUGACAUUCAAUGAGUACAUCCCUUGCCAUGAUGUUUCUUAUAUAAAGAAUUUGCUACCUAACUUGGAUGUUUCUAGAAAAGAAGAACUAGAGAGGCAUUGCCCGCCACUUGAGAAGCGCUUGUUUUGCUUGAUUCCACCGCCACAAGAUUAUAAGAUACCAAUAAGAUGGCCAACCAGCAGGGAUUAUGUCUGGCGAAGCAAUGUGAAUCAUACACGUCUUGCUGAAGUCAAAGGAGGACAAAAUUGGGUGCAUGAGAUGAAUCAGCUAUGGUGGUUCCCAGGUGGUGGUACCCAUUUCAAACAUGGGGCGGCAGAGUAUAUUCAAAGGCUAGGGAAUAUGAUUACAAGUGACACAGGUGAUCUGCGUUCUGCUGGGAUCGUUCAAGUUUUGGAUGUUGGUUGUGGGGUUGCCAGCUUCUCUGCUUACCUCCUUCCCCUGGAUAUACAAACAAUGUCCUUUGCUCCCAAAGAUGGCCAUGAGAAUCAGAUUCAAUUUGCUUUAGAGCGAGGAAUUGGUGCAAUGAUCUCUGCUAUAGCCACAAAACAACUACCAUAUCCCAGUAGCUCCUUUGAGAUGGUUCACUGUUCAAGGUGUCGUGUCGAUUGGCAUGAGAAUGAUGGUAUUUUACUCAAAGAAGUGAAUCGCCUUCUGCGAUCUAAUGGGUACUUUGUCUAUUCGGCUCCACCUGCCUAUAAAACGACUAAAGAGUAUCCAUUGAUCUGGAAUAAGCUUGUAAAUCUGACUUCAGCAAUGUGCUGGAAACUCAUUGCUCGAAAAGUUCAGACAGCAAUAUGGAUUAAACAAGAAAAUCAGUCAUGCCUUCUCGACAAUGCAGAGCAGAAGCGCUUGGACAUAUGUGAUGCUGUUGAUGAUUCUAAACCAUCAUGGAAUUCACCACUUAGGAACUGUAUACAAGUGAGAAGUGCACAAACAAAUUUUCAGAAACUCAGUACUAGGGCAGAUCGUCUUUCAGUUUAUUCGCAGAGUCUUGGAAGAAUAGAUAUUAGUGAAAAGGAAUUUACUUCAGACUCUCUGUUCUGGCAAGAUGAAGUUCGCCUUUACUGGAGGUUAAUGAAUAUCAGUAAAACAGAAAUACGAAAUGUUAUGGACAUGAAUGCUUUCUGUGGUGGAUUUGCUGUGGCUUUGAAUACGUUGCCCGUUUGGGUAAUGAAUGUAGUUCCUGUAAGCAUGAAGAAUACCUUGUCAGCUAUUUAUGACCGAGGACUAACUGGUGCUUUCCAUGAUUGGUGUGAACCAUUCUCAACUUAUCCACGUACAUAUGAUCUGUUGCAUGCCGACCAUCUUUUCUCUCACUAUGAAAACCGUGGACAAGGUUGCUUACUGGAGGAUAUCAUGCUGGAGAUGGACCGUAUAAUACGACCCCAGGGAUUUAUCAUUAUUAGAGAUGAGGAGUCAAUCACAUCAAGGAUCCGAGAUGUUGCUCCCAAAUUUCUAUGGGAGGUUAAAUCGCAUUCGGCAAAAAACAAAGAAAAGAAGAUGGAAUCUGUGUUAAUUUGCAGAAAGAAGUUUUGGGCAAUUGUCUGAGUCUACCAUGUUUUGCCCUAGAGGGAAAUCGAUUUAAGCUCAAACAUAGGUAACUCAACAUCAUUGAAAGUACAUUUUGUAAUUUAUUUAGGUAGCAUAUUAAUUGUAUUUCUUUGCUUCAUCUAUUGAUUUGUAUUGAUCCAAUCAUCAAUGAAGAAUUUUAAGGGGAACUUUUAC